CGUGUCGGAGAAGCGUGACUAUGACGUCACAGCAUGGCCGUACACGUGAAUUUUCUAGAGGCAAUUUCUGUCAAAAUGUGAGCAGACGAAACAACGUGUACGCGAGAAGAGAUGGUGUUUUAGCUCUGUCUUAGUAUACAUUCACAUUUUGUGAUAAACCCCUAUAUGGAUUCCAACGAUUUAGAAGGGAAUAACGGACGAGGACUGGACGAAGGCGGGAUUCGGUCUGGGAAAACAGAUGCAUCCCAAGAGAAGGGGAUGAUUCACGAUGAUGAGAGCAGACAUCUGAAUUUCAACAUCUGUGGUGACGAUUUUGAGACUAAGACAAUCCACAGAAAUAAGACCCCACGGGACCCAAUGUCGCACCGUAUCAUAGAGAAACGUCGGCGAGAUCGGAUGAACAACUGUUUGGCCGAUCUCAGCAGGCUCAUUCCUGCAAGUUAUAUGAAACAAGGUCAAGGUCGUAUAGAGAAGACUGAGAUAAUUGAAAUGGCAAUUACACUGAUCAAUACACUCACAGAGAAGGUUGAGAAAGCAGAGAGUUCCAAAGGACUUCCGGACCAGUCUCAAACCCUGAGCCACUGCUGUGUGUCGCAGUUGUCACUGGGCUAUCGGGAAUGUAAAGACGAGGUGAUGCGCUACCUCGUGGAGGGCGAAGGGAUGUGUGCAAGUGACAGCUUCUGUGACCGGGUAAUGGGUCACCUGACGUCUGCAGGGGAGAAGCUUCUUGCAUCAGUAUCAAGAAUUCCAGCAGAUGAAAAACCUGAGAUUAAGACUUCUGACAUUCCCAGUAACUUCGCUGAGAGUCUCUUCAACCAGCAGACAUCUGGUCAGUCCAGCCACAAUGAUCUACAGUUACGUAAUCUCCUCACCAACAGUGAGCGAAUGAUGGAUUUAAGUGAUGGACUCCGAAACAGCCGGUCCGACACCUGUUCCCAUAUCAGUCUGUCAUCCUUAGCUAAGCCAUACUCCCGAGCAGAUGGGCACUACUCCACAAAUUCCAGUGAUGGCACUUCCUUCACAGAAUUCUUACGGCCAGACUCCGAGAGGGGUAGCUCAGGUAGCGGAGGGGGAGGACAAGGCAGCAUCUAUAAGUUCAAACACAACAUUACGCAAAGAUUCUCCCAGGAGAAGAACGUGAAUCAUCCGAGUGACACAAGCAGCUCCUGCAGCAGCUCCAGGGAAGAUGCAGGCAAGCUGCAGAGGAGGAAGAUCUCCAAGGGUAAAACCCGAAGCCAGGGAUCACGUAUUUCCCCCUACCCCAGCUCUAGCGAACUGAGUUCCGGAAAUACCUCCAAUGGUACAAGCUCCUACCAUGGUGAUGUGUCUGCCGUUAGAAGUGACUCUAGCAACAGUCCACCUGACCAAGGACUGAAUGUACAGUCUUCAUCAAACGUUCCACUCCCUGGGUUUGUUCUGCAUCCAGCCGGAACACACUAUUUCCCUAUAUCUAUCCACCCAACUAGUAUCCCAGAGUGCUUCCGACAGUCCAAGUCGUCGGCGGCAGGAAUGGGACUGUUCCAUCCGAUAUCUAUACCUGUUCAGUUUUUCGGACCAUAUAUAGCCAUGGGUGAUGAUCGCAGCAUAGACAACUCAAUUCAGUCGGGAAGUACGUGGGAACCCACCCAGCUUCCUUUAACCUACGCACAUGUCCCUGGGCAUAAUAGUGGAAAUGGUGUAUUGUGAUUUUGAGCGCAAGGAACAUCAAUGUGUGUGAAAAGAUUAUGUAAAUAAGAGGCAAGACAAUCUCUGUCAGCUUCUGUUAUAUCAUCAACAUUGUAACCCGAGAUGUUCAGGGAGCUGCAGCAUGUCAUCCUGCAUUCCCAGCAUGCACUUCAAGUGGUCAUUGACUUGUCGCCAGAACAAAUGUACAUGGAGUUCUCCAUAGUGCAACAUAAGCAGUUGUGAUCAUUUUAUAUUAGUUAUGUCUAUGUUAAACAUACAUAAAUUCCUUAUGUAAUUAACUGGUACUGAGGUACUAAGCAUAGUAUGAGGAUGAUGUCAUUCAUUACCCCUUGUGGUCAAGGGGGGCACGAGUGGCCCAGUUGUCUAAAUCACAGCGAUUCGUUGUGGAGAGUUGCGUCCCUUUGGCAGGCCAGGAACCUAUGAUUGUGGGUUCGAAUCCCAGUUCGCCCCCAUUAUGUUUCU